AUGGGUCGUUUAACUUUCACUCCCAGGCCUUCGCCCUUACCUAAGAGAGGGCAAUUUAUACACCACCGGGUGCGCCAGAUUCCCGGGGGGUGGAAUGAUUUGGGGAGUUUUUUUAUUGAGGUCUCCAUCCUCUUGGUCCAGGCGGUUAAGCCAAGACCCCCACCACUUCUGUCCGCGAGACAUGACCACCGUCAACAGAAGUACCGGUAUAUCGGAACCACAUACCUAACCUUGAGGAAUAGAGGGUGCUGGGCCGUUGGCUCCCCCUAUCCGCCACCUGGGGAGGCGCCCGGUAGGUUGCUCAACCUCCGUACUCACAUACGCACGCCUAAGCCUACGCAUGCUCACACGGCCGGGAUUGGUUUAGAUAUUUUUCAAACAUUCCUUAGAUAUGCACUAUAAAAACUUCAGCCCAAUGGAAUAGUCGAAAGUGACAGAAGAGGGAAGCAGUCUCUUGUCAACAAAAUUAAUGAAGCAGUAAAAAACCAAGUUCGUCAGCAUAUCUUGUCAUUUCCAUGUGAGGAAUCUCAUUAUAGUCGAAGAAGAACUGCGAAGAAAUAUUUAGGUAGCCAUUUGAACAUUUCAACAAUGUACAGGAUGUAUAAAGACGAGUGUGAAUUAGAAGGUCUACCUCAUGAAAAAAUCGCUACGGGACAUUACGGAUACAUUCUAAAGAAAGAAGACAAACAAAUGUCACAUGACAAUCCCAAACAGAAGGUUCUAAUGAUAGACCUACAAAAAUGUCUGCCCUUCCCGAAAUUAACAAAUGCUAAAAGUUUCUACAGUUUGAAACUGUGGUGCUUUAAUUAUACGAUUUACGAUUCUUCAGAAAAGAAGGCACAUUGUAUGAUGUGGGAUGAGUCCAUUGCUGGUAGGGACGGAAAUGAAAUGGCUUCGUGUUUUGUGCGAUAUGUAAAUUCCCUACCAAAGACAACAGAAUCGACUAUUAUUUGGACAGAUAAUUGCCCAUCACAAAAUCGAAAUCUGCAGAUGAUAAUGUGCUACUUCUAUGUAUUGGCAAUAAAUGCUCAUAUUAAGGAAAUCAGUCACAAGUACCUUAUCCGUGGGCACACGCAAAUGAAAGUAGAAACUAUUCAUACAAUUAUUGAGCGAGAAACUAAGAAGUGUCCCAAUUAUCAGAUUAUUACUCCCUGGGACUGGUUAUAA